CCCUUUCCUUUCCCCACCACCCUUACAUCAGAUUCUGAGAGGGGGGCCAGGGUUAAUGGUCAUAUUUUAAGAGUACCAACCUUCUCUAAAACUCCCUCCUCUCUCUGCUCAAAUGCACUAAAUCCAUUUCUCCACCAUUAUUUCUCACACUCUAGGAUGAGAAACCCAGAAAAGAAAAUGAUCUCUUUCGUAGGUCUUCUUUAGUUGCUUCCUUGCCCUGUUUUUUUUUUCUUCUUGUCUCCCACAUCUCUUAAAAAUAUUGUCUUGGGUCUAGAAGAAGAAAAAAAUUGGCCCUGUUCUUCUGUUCGGUGGAAGGGAUGAGCAAAGAAGACGAUAUCAAGUUCCUCAAGAUACAGACCUGUGUUCUCAAAGUGAGCAUACACUGUGAGGGAUGUAAGAAGAAGGUGAAGAAAUUGCUUCAGAAAAUUGAUGGAGUGUACACCACCACCAUAGAUGCAGAGCAAGGGAAGGUGACUGUUUCAGGCAAUGUUGAUCCUGCCACCCUCAUAAAAAAGCUUGGAAAGGCUGGCAAGCAUGCAGAGCUGUUGGCUCCGAAGGGUGGCAACCACAGCAGCAGCAGCAGCAACCAAUUCCAGAAGCCACAGCCUGAGCAGCGGAAAGGCCAACCCAAAGACAAUGGCAAGCCCCAGCAGAAGGGUGGUGGUGGUGGUGGUGGGAAAGACCACAAGGUUCAGCAACCACCACCACAACAGCAGCAGCAGCAGCAGCAGCAGCAGCAACGAGAACAGCUGCUGCAGCAACAGUUACAGCAGUUGCAGCAGAUGAAAGGAUUCGAAAAUCUGAAGCUUCCCCCAUUGAAGGACCUGAAGCUCCCUAUGUCAAAGGAUCAGAAAUCUGUGAGCUUUGCGCCUCUCCCCGAAGAUGGCGGCAGCGACUAUGAUGAUCUCGAUGACUUUGAUGAUGAGGACCUGGAUGAUAUGGAUGGAUUUGAUGCGGAUUUUGAUGAAGAUUUCAAGAACAUCAAGAUUAAGACCAUGAAUGCACCACCCAAUGGGAAUGGGGUGAAUGACAAGAAGGGUGGCAGCAGUGGCGGUGGGAAUUCUAAGAAGGGAGGAGGAGGUGGUGGUAGUGGUGCUGGAGAUGCCAUGGUGCAAGACAAGGGCAUGGGUGGCAAUAAUGGGCAGAAGAAUGGUAAUGGCGGUGGUGGUAAAAAAGGUGGCGGCGGCGGUGGGAAUCUGAACCAUGGUGCCGGCAAUAGUGGUGGCGGAGCUGCCGGGAAGAAUGGUGGUGGGCCUGGGCCACAGGAUAACAAGAAUGGAGGGAACAAUAGCAAGGCCAGUGGCAAUGGUGGUAACAAUAGCAAGGCCAAUGGCAAUGGUGGGAACAAUAGCAACAGUGCAGCCAGUGGAGGCAAGAAGGGUGGUGGUGGUGUUGGUAAUGGAAAGAAUGAUGUGGGUGGUGGUGGUGGGAGCCAACCAGUGGUGAAUCCCAACAUGAUGGGCCCAGGCUGCCCUGGUUUGGGAUUGAGCCAGAUGGGGAACAUGCAUGCCCCCAUGGCCCAGAUGGGGAACAUGCAUGCUCCCAUGGCCCAGAUGGGGGCCAUCCCGGCGGCCGUCCAGGGCCUUCCCACCGGCGGUGCACCGCCCGGAUACUUCCAAGGGGGAAUGGUGGCACCGCCACCGGAGAUGAUGGCUGCUGCAAACCCAUACCAGCAGCAGUACAUGGCUGCCAUGAUGCAGCAGCAGCAGCAACAGCAGAAGAUGAUGAUGAUGAAUGGCCAGGAUCGUGCGUAUCAGCCGAUGAUGGGGUAUGCUCGACCGCCACCACCAAUGUACAUGUACCAGCCACCGCCACCACCCCAGGGGGAGCCAUACACCAACUUCUUCAGUGAUGAGAACCCUAGUAGUUGCUCAAUUAUGUGAAGCAAGUUAUUUGGUGGUGGUGGUCAGGAGACUAGGUUCUGCUUCAUAAUUUCUUUGCCUAUCUCUUCUUAAGUUCUCUGUGUGGGAAGUUUCAUUCAAAGAGAAGAGGCAUUACCAGUGGUUCUGCUGCAUAUAGAUGGAAGAUGGGUAAUUUAGGUUUUUCUUUUUCUCUUUACUUUUUCAUGAGGAAAAUGCUUUCUUGCAUCUCAAGUGGAAGUUAGGUCAAAGGCAUAUUUAUGUCUAUAUAGGGUUAAUUAUAAUAUCUAAUCUUUUAGGAGUUAAGGGGUUGUAUGGUUCUCUUAUGGUAUUAUAAGAUGUGAAAGGAGUAGAAAGUGAAUGUAAUGUGAGUUUAGAUUCGGGAGAGCUUUAUAGCCUUCAUUGGAUGUGUCAAUGUGCAUUUACAAAUCGAGAAAUAAUGAUAAUAAUGGAGAUAGCAGAACGUCCCAUCCAUUAAAGAUGAA